CCUACAGUAUUGCUGGCAAACAUGAGACUCGUAGUGUGUUUUCUUGCUCUUCUCACUGUGUUCAGCGCUGGAGAAUGUGGGAAUGUUUUAGUUUGGUUUACUGAAGGCAGCCACUGGAUUAAUCUGAAGAUUGUAUUGGAAACGUUGAUUGACAGGGGACACCAUGUUACAGUGCUGGUUCCCGAUGCUUCAAUCUUUAUGCAUGAAAAAGAGUCAGACCGCUUCUCCUACCAGAACUUCAGCGUGUCCAAAUCUACACAGGACAUGCAAGAUUCCUUGGAUGAUUUCUUACAUUUCUCCAUGUAUGAGAUGGAUCGGUUAAACUUGCUGCAAAUUCAUAUCAGAUUAUACCAGCUUGUCUCUAAAGAUCAAGAACUGUGUCUUGCUUACUGCGACGGUGCUCUGAAAUCUUCAGAACUGAUGGACAAAUUGCUGCAUGAGAAGUUUGAUGUCAUGCUGGCUGAUCCGAUUUUUCCAUGCAGCGAGGUGUUAGCUGAAAAGCUGGACAUUCCCUUGGUUUACACAUUAAGAUUCUCCAUUGCUCACACUAUGGAGCGCAUGUGUGGUCAGAUACCAGCUCCACCAUCAUAUGUUCCUGGAGUCAUAAGCAAACUCACUGACAAGAUGAGCUUUUCAGAGCGAAUCCUUAAUAUGCUCUUCUACCUUUCUCAAGAUGCUUUGGCUAUUAGUCUGUGGAAAAAAAUUGACAACUACUACACUGAAUAUUUUGGGCGACCUACUUCCUACUGUGAGAUGAUGGGUAAAGCUGAUAUCUGGUUAAUUAGAACCUACUGGGAUUUUGAGUUUCCGCGGCCAUUCCUACCCAACUUUAAAUUCAUCGGAGGGAUUCAUUGCACCCAUGCCAAGCCAUUACCCAAGGAUUUAGAGGAGUUUGUGCAGAGCUCAGGGGAUGAUGGGAUUGUGGUCUUCACACUGGGAUCCAUGGUAAACAAUAUCACCAAAGAAAGGAGCAAUACAAUCGCCUCCGCACUGGCACAGAUACCACAGAAGGUCUUGUGGCGAUACGGUGGAGAGAAACCACAUACUCUUGGUCAAAACACUAGAAUCUAUGAGUGGAUGCCUCAGAAUGAUUUAUUAGGUCAUCCUAAAACCAGAGCGUUCAUCACUCACGGAGGCACUAAUGGCAUAUAUGAGGCCAUUUUUCAUGGUGUCCCGAUGGUCGGGAUCCCCUUGUUUGGUGACCAGCCUGAUAAUAUGGUUCAUAUGAAGACCCGAGGUGCUGCUGUUGUCAUGGACUUUAACAGUAUGCAGACUCAAGACCUGGUGGACGGACUUAAUGCUGUCAUUAAUAACCCCUCGUAUAAAGAGAAUGCAAUGCGUUUGUCCAGGAUUCAUCACGACAGACCAAUGAAGCCUUUAGAUGAGUCUGUGUUCUGGAUUGAGUUCGUCAUGCGCAAUAAAGGUGCAAAACACCUGCGUGUGGAGGCCCACAACCUGACCUGGUAUCAGUACCACUGUUUGGAUGUGUUCGCUUUUCUGACCACUGUCCUGACUCUAGUCCUCUACAUCUGCUUUAAAAUGGCCAAAUUCUUCAUCAUGCGCUGCUGCUUUAGAUCAGAGAGUAAAAGCAAAAAAGAGUGAUUUGGACUGAUACAAAGAUCAAUAUAGUUAAUGUAUCCAGUACUGUGCAUACUGGUUUUAAAUUAUACUAUAUAAGAUAAAAAACAAAUGUAAAACAGGAUGUUGUGGCUUAAAUAUUGUUUAUAAAAUGAAUACCUCUAGUCCUAAUUGGUCAGUACUGUGUCUAUUUACAAGCUGAGACUAUGACCAAACAUUAUACUUAAUCAAAAAUCUGUUGAUUUUCAGUAUAGGGGAACACUUUAUAAGUAACACUUUUUUGGUUUUGGCCAAAUAAUGAACAAAGUAAUAGGGUUAGACAAACCAUAUUUUUUUUACCAACAACACACAAGCCUCUCCUACAAAUGAGCACUGGUUGUAUGAUCGCCGGACUUAUGGUUUCUGUGCAGUAUUGCCAAAAGUGCCAGGAGUAAAAUUUUUACUAUUUACCCCACCAGUGGGGCAAGUUGUAACAGGCUGAGGGUUAGUUGUAACACAUGCUUACAAAGGCAGAUUUUACACAAUUAAUUCAAAUCCAGUUUACUUUAAAUAGUAGAUAUAUUUUCUCAGUACUUAGCUAAUUUUUUUUUAUUCUACAUAGCACAGCAUGUUUAUUUAUUUAUUGAAUAAACACAUUAGGAUUUAUUUGCAUUUUUAUCCAUUAUUAUACAAUGCAUUUAAUUGCAUUAUUAGCAAUAAAAUCUUUUUUUUUGUCUAUUAAAAUAUUUUCUGUUAAAAAAACAUUUUUAUUUAAAAAGUCAAAAUUCAAAAGUUAUUUCGUUGGUUUAAUUGGUGUCCAACAGUAUGUGGCUUCAUUGUAACCCUGUUACAACUAACCCUGCUGUGUUGUGUUUUCCUCAACACUGGCUAGCAGUCACUGUGUGUUUUUUACAUUUUUCAAAAUGGUUUCAUCUUUUAGCCUAGAAGAUGGUGAUCACAGCAAUAUAAGAUUUUACUUAC